CCAAAACUGUCAAGAUUUUGCAGGCCUGACAACACCAACUUUCUCCUUUUUUUUUAACUUCAAUUUGCUUCCUACUUCACUCACUUUCAAGAUUCUCUUCUUCUUUCAUUUUACUUCUUAUGUUAUAUACUAAGAAACAGACAAAUAUAGUCUUUUGUUAACUGAAUUUACUGAUACUAUAAACCAGCUGACUUCAAAUCUUGAAUCUUUUUUCUUUUUUUGUUGUUAAACAAGACACCCUUUAUAUAUUUUUUGUUUUUUAUUCAAUUUUGGGAUCUGGGAAGUUUUAGUUUGGAUCAAAUGGAAGGAGCUGAUCAAGUGUUCAAUUCAAUGGAGCCAGAGUUCUCUGUUUCAUCACCGGUUACUCGACAAAAAGCAGCUGCUGCUAAGAAGAUCAUUGAGAAUCAUUACAAGAAUCAUCUUCAAGGCUUGCAAGAUCGCAAAGAAAGGCGAAGAACGUUGCAGAGGAAGGCACAAGAAGCACAGAUACCAGAUGAUGAGCAAGAGAAGAUGCUGAGGAAUUUGGAGAAGAGGGAGACUGAGUUUAUGAGAUUGCAGAGGCAUAAAGUUGGAAUUGAUGACUUUGAACUGUUAACAGUCAUUGGUAAAGGCGCAUUCGGAGAGGUCAGACUUUGUCGAUUUAAAAGUACUGGUGAUGUUUUUGCUAUGAAAAAGUUGAAGAAAUCAGAGAUGCUUAGCCGAGGACAGGUUGAGCAUGUUAGAUCCGAGAGGAAUCUGCUCGUGGAGGUAGAUAGUCGAUGCAUAGUGAAACUCUUCUAUUCUUUCCAAGAUUCAGAUUUCUUAUACCUUAUCAUGGAAUAUUUACCUGGUGGUGACAUUAUGACCUUAUUGAUGAGAGAAGACAUUCUUUCUGAAGAUGUCGCGCAGUUCUAUAUGGCAGAAAGUAUUUUAGCAAUUCAUUCUAUUCAUCAGCACAAUUAUGUGCACAGGGACAUUAAACCUGAUAACCUUAUAUUGGACAAAAAUGGACACUUGAAGCUUUCUGAUUUUGGUUUAUGUAAACCACUGGAAAGUAAAUAUUCAUCGCUGUUGGAAGCUGAAGAUUUGACAAGUCAGGAGUCCUUAAGUGAGACUGCUGAUAGUGAUAGAGCUCCAUGGUUAAUGCCAAAAGAACAAUUACAACAAUGGAAACGAAAUCGUCGUGCCCUGGCGUAUUCUACUGUAGGUACUCUUGAUUACAUGGCACCAGAAGUUUUGUUGAAAAAAGGAUAUGGAAUGGAAUGUGAUUGGUGGUCAUUGGGAGCAAUCUUGUAUGAGAUGCUCGUAGGUUAUCCUCCCUUCUGCUCAGAAGAUCCAAGACUCACAUGUCGAAAGAUUAUCAAUUGGAGAGCAUGCUUGAAAUUCCCGGAAGAACCAAAAGUAUCAGAUGAGGCUAAGGAUCUGAUAUGUCGUUUGUUGUGUGAUGUUGAAUCAAGGUUGGGGACUAGAGGAGUGGAAGAAAUAAAGGCUCAUCCUUGGUUCGAAGGAACUAAGUGGGAUGCACUUUACGAAAUGGAAGCUGCCUACAAACCCAUUGUUACAGGAGAAUUAGACACUCAGAAUUUUGAGAAGUUCCCUGAAGUAGAAGGUACACAAUCAACAACACCAAGAGUAGGACCCUGGCGAAAGAUGUUAACAUCAAAAGAUGCCAAUUUUAUUGGAUAUACUUACAAGAAAUCAGACAUCCUUAAAUCAGCUGGAACUUCAGGGAUAGACGCGAGUUCAAAUGGAUCAAAGCCUCCUCCAUCAUUAGUAUCAUUAUUUGGUCGUGUAGACUUGCAAGACACAACAAAGUAGGACAACCAAAAGAAGAACAGCUGAAUUUGGAGUCCCCUUUGACUGUCCUUUCUACUGAGGACAAGAAGCACAAAUUGCUUGUGUAUAUAAGGGGAAUAAACAGUCAACAUUUCUCAUAUUUUUUUGAGUUUCACUUUUAUCCUCUCUGGCCUUAACCAUGUAAUGGUAAAUGUACAGGAAAA